AAUAAGCAGGCCAGCCUCUAGAGCGCUCCCCUCAUCUCCCCCCCCCCCCCAUGUGCGUGGUGUGGGCUGAGCUGCUGGCUCGGUGCUGCCGGAGAAAGAGCAGCAGCCCCAGCAGGCGAGAGGCGGAGGCGGCGGCUGCAGCAGCCCGAGCCGUCCAUCCAUCCAGGGGAGCCGCCUGCUGCGGACAAUGCCCGGCAGCCCCAGGGAGCCUCCGCGCCGCUGCUCGGGCACUGACAGCGCAGCACGUGCGCCAGCAGCCGCAAUGACAGCAGCUGCAGGGGCAGCCGGGCGGCCACCGGCAGCAGCAGCCGAGUGACGGGAUCACCCCUGCAAGAUGAAUGCCUCGCUGGAGCUGGACAGCAACCGCAGCAGCAGGCCCUUCUGCCUCCUGGCCGCCGGCUACCCGGAGACCCUGGACUUCUGCCUCCUGGAGGUGAUCAUCAUCGUCUUCCUCACUGUCCUCAUCAUCUCGGGCAACAUUGUUGUCAUCUUUGUCUUCCAUUGCGCUCCGCUGCUCAACCACCACACCACCAGCUACUUCAUCCAGACCAUGGCCUACGCUGACCUCUUGGUGGGUGUGAGCUGCCUGGUGCCUUCUUUGUCUUUGCUGCAUUACCGCAUUGCCUUCCUGGGUGAGUCCCUGGUUUGCAAGGUCUUUGGUUAUGUGGUUUCGGUGCUCAAGAGUGUCUCGAUGACCUCUCUGGCUUGCAUUAGCGUUGACAGGUACAUUGCCAUCACUAAACCGCUGACUUACAACACGCUGGUCACCCCCUGGAGGCUCCGGGUGUGUAUCCUGCUCAUCUGGUUGUACUCGGGGGCUGUGUUCCUCCCUGCCUUCUUCCAGUGGGGCAAGCCCGGCUACCACGGGGACGUCUUUGAGUGGUGUGCCAACUUCUGGAAGACCGAUGCUUAUUUCACCCUUUUCAUUGUCGUCAUGCUCUAUGCGCCAGCUGCCUUCGUGGUCUGUUUCACGUACUUCAGCAUCUUCCGCAUCUGCCAGCAGCACACCAAGGAAAUCAACGAGAGAAGAGUCCGGUUCAGCUCUCAGGAUGGAGAGGCAGCUGAGGCCCAGCCAUGCCCAGACAAGCGCUACGCCAUGGUUCUCCUGCGAAUCACCAGCGUCUUCUACAUUCUCUGGCUUCCCUACAUCAUUUAUUUCCUCUUGGAAAGCUCAGACGUGUACCGCAACCGUGUGGCCUCCUUCUUGACCACCUGGCUUGCCAUCAGUAACAGCUUUUGCAACUGUGUCAUCUAUAGUCUGUCCAACAGUGUCUUUCAGAAAGGCUUAAAGCGUCUAUCUGGUGCAGUUUGCGCCUCUUGUGCCAGACACCGGGCCGCAAAGGAUUCCUCUGCAUCCAGGAGCAAAAGACCUUCCAAUGGGUGUCAUGCCUAAAAUAGGGAUUGCUAUGAAUACAGAAUAACUUAAAGAUGUCCAGGUUUGCAAAAAACAAAACAAAAAUGCACACGCACAACUUUCUCUGAGAAAUGCUGCUGAUGUAAAAGAAUCAUGUGCUGUUUGACGUUUCACCUUAAACAUUUCCUCAUGGUGGGCAGGAGAAGUGUGUAGUGACUCAUUUCAGAAUCAAAUUCUCUUUCUCUCCCUCUUCCCCACCUAGAGUGACUGACAACGGUGGGCAUGCGAGAGCGUUGGCAAAAAGAUACACUUUCAUUCUUCCUUACAGCUUUGUUAGGGUGUUUGGAGAUCUGUGCUUUGUGUGUACGUGUGAGGACGUUAAUGGUACAGUGCUGUAUUCACUGAUAAUUUGUUCGUUUGUGCACAUACCAAAGUAUAUUUCCGAAUCAAAACAAGGGAUCAGACGUUAUUCUCUUUUCUCUUCCUGACUCCAUUUUUUUCUUCUUCAGGCCAGUCGCAAAUAAUGUGAACACUUGAACAUUUGAUUCCAGUGUGCAAUGAGCCAGUGAUUUGACCAUGUGACUAAAUCUCCUCACUCCGGUGUGCUUUUUUAAAAACAAAACAACAGUUGCUGUGGUGCCCAGUGCCCUGUUUGCUGUUAGGAUGCUCAUUUGUGAGUUAGAGUACAGUAUUUGCAUCUUUUUUAAAAAAAAUUGUUUGUGUAGUAACAGGAUAACUUCGGUGCAGGCCAAACCUAGCAGUUAAAUAAAGUAUUUUUUUUAUAAGAUAA